AUGAAGCAAAUAGUGGGGUGGAAAUGUUUGCUCUUGAUUUUAAACUGCCUAAAAACUGUUACAUGUGCCAAAGAACAACAGCCAAAUAUUGUUCUUGUUGUAGCGGAUGACUAUGGGUAUCGAGAUAUUGGUUAUCACGGGGCAGAGUUUGCGACACCAACUCUGAAUAAACUUGCGGCAGAAGGUGUUAAGCUGGAGAACUACUAUGUCCAGCCAAUCUGUUCCCCUACCAGAAGUCAGCUGAUGACUGGAAGAUACCAGAUUCAUACAGGAUUACAACAUGAUAUUAUCUGGCCUUCUCAACCAAAUGGCCUUCCAUUACAAUUUCCAACCAUUGCUGAUUUGUUGAAAUCUGUGGGCUAUUCAACACAUGCCAUUGGCAAGUGGCAUCUUGGAUUCUACAAGAAAGAGUACACUCCUUUAUAUAGAGGAUUUGAUUCUUUUUAUGGAUAUUGGGAAGGAGGCGAAGACUACUAUACUUAUUACCACUGCGACAGCUUUCAUAACAGAUCAACUCCAACAGACAUGAGGAUUCUUCAGGGUUACACCAAUGAAGAUAUCCUAUCAGGCAAAUAUGCAGAUAAAAAGACAUGGUGUGGCUAUGACCUGAGAGAUAUGAGUGAACCUGUUACUAACAUGAAUGGGACAUACUCAACCCAUCUCUAUACAAAAAGGGCUAUUGAUGUAAUCAAUAGAUCCAAGAAUGCUGGAAAACCAUUUUUCUUGUAUCUAGCCUACCAAGCAGUACACGCACCCAUGGAGGUUCCAGCUGAGUACACGAAGCCGUACGCUUUUAUAAAAAACAAGAACAGGAGAAUUUAUGCAGGCAUGGUUAGUGCCAUGGAUGAAGGUGUCAGAAAUGUAACCGAAGCAUUGAAGAGCACUGGGCUCUGGAAUAACACUGUUUUCAUCUUCACAACUGAUAAUGGUGGGCAGGUUCAUGCAGGGGGAAAUAACUGGCCCUUGCGCGGCCUCAAGCAUACCUUGUGGGAGGGUGGCGUCAGAGGCAUUGGGUUUGUGACUGGACCCCUUGUUCAACAGCAGGGCAAGGUCAGCGAGGAGCUGAUGCAUGUUUCUGAUUGGUUCCCAACAAUCGCUGAAGCAGUGGGCGUCCAGAUAAAUGGCACUUUGAAGUUGGAUGGCCAAAGUCAGUGGCAAAUGAUUAGUAAAGGUAGUUUGGGCAGUAGGAAGGAAAUUCUCCACAAUAUAGACAUAUGGACGCCACUGAAAGGAAAGAUGCUAUACAAUGACACAUUUGAUACACGAGUGAGGGCGGCAAUCCGUGUUGGAGACUUCAAGCUUGUGACCGGUCACCCAGGAGAUGACACCUGGUAUCCUCCUCCACACCUGGGAAACCCCAAGGUUGCUAAAACAGACAGCACAAAGAACUGUUGGCUUUUCAACGUCAAGCUGGAUCCCACAGAAUCGUCUGAUCUGUCCGACACCCGGCCUGACCUUGUCCAGGAGUUGUUGAAUAGGCUGGUCAUCUACAACUCCACUGCUGUUCCCCCUUUGUACCCACAGUCUGAUCCCAAUUGUGACCCCAAGCUUCAUGGUGGGUUCUGGGGACCUUGGGAAUAG